CAUUCAGAGUGUCUGUCAUGUUUGAAUCUGAUUUUGUCUGUAUGGGAUGAAAUUAAAUACUUUACACCUCCUGUUGUGUCAAAAACAAGAUGGAUCAAAACAUUGCUGAUUUUCUGCUGGAUGCAUUCCCAGAGACAAACUUUGAGCAUCUAAUUUUUGAUGACGACACAGCAACAGCUCACAGCGUUAAUGUACCUCAAAAUGAGCCAGGCAUGGAGGAGGACGACAAUCACAGAGAAUCCAGUGGAUCUGAUUCUGACAUAGAUUUAGAGUGGACCAAUAGGGAAGAGGAACCUAAGCACUGUUUUGAGAACAAUAGGAACUUCUCUUUAGAUGAACAAAGCAUGAAGGCAGGAUCUACGCUUUGUGGCUCAUGGGAUGACAACGAUACAGUCGAAAAUAAGACACAAACCCAAAACCAGCAAUUAAGCUUGCAUGAAGAGGAUUGCAGAGAGAAUGAAUUUGGGAUACAUGAAGAUAUCCAUCAAAUGAGCAAGGAACAAGCUGAAGAUGUCAGUGUGCUGGAAAUGGUUCUUCCAAAAGGAGCUCACUAUGGUCUGGAAACAAUGAGCACAAGGACUCAGGAGGAGACCACAUCUCAUCUACUGUCCUACCAGAUGGUGGAUAAAUCUGAAAAUGAAAGCUCAACGUCAAAAGAGGAAAGAAUGGAGCCAGAUAGCACCGAGGAACAUGUCCUGCAGCAUGCACCAGAUGAUAAGCAGCUCAAUCGUUUUAGUGCCAUACAGUCAACAUUGCAAGAUUGGAAAGUAGCAUCAGUGGAGGUCCAGUCUGGGGAUGACAUGAAAGAGUUUACAGAAGAAGAUCAUGAGAGAGACGAGGAAGGUUUAGCAGAGUAUCCCUCUGAUCUGUCUCAAAGUGACAGUAGGGACAGCAGUGAAGGUCAUGAGGGUGGACAACCCAAUCACACAGACACCAAUCUAGUUGAGGUGCAGGCUGUAGGCCUAGGUUGUUCCUAUGAGACGAAGAACCCAGAAGAACCUCUACUGACUUACAGUGUUGAUGAUGAUGAUGUCCAAAAGAAAGAUCCUGCAGACAUGUUCACUUAUGUCAAGAAUGAGGAUCUGUAUGUGGAGGCAAAAACUGGGAAAUCUGAUGAUGGCAUGUUGUUCCAGACAAAGCAGGGCAGUUUUAGAGAUGCUGGAUAUCACCGUGAGAUUUCAAACAUUGGGGAAAGUUCUGAUUUUGGAUUCUCUGAGAAUUUCCAAUCCAAUUCCAGUGAAUGCUACAUGAAUGAGCAGCCCGACUACGAUAGUGAUUUCAGCAGUGAUGGUGACUACUGCAAAAACCAAGAAGAUAUACCUGAAUUCAUUUCACAUACAGUCUCAGAGGACAAAAACGCACCUCUCCAGAAACAAGAGCACACCUUCACAAAGGACUUUGCUACAGACUGGCACAGUAUUGAGCAUGAAGUAGUGGAUGGGGUGGUCAAAGAUAGUCAGAAACCAGAGAUGUGUAGUGUAGAAGGUUUAUCAAGCAUUCCAGCAUCUGUAAUGAAAGGUUCUACUGAAACGGAUUCGUCUGAAAACAUAAGUGUGGGUGAGUCACAUCCAUCAGAGUCUGUUUCAGUGAAAACAGACCAGAACAACCAAGAACAUAACACUGAACAUUCAGAAGUUUCAGACAUGGGAGAAAAUAUCAAUACUUUGUUACCUGGGAUGUUUUGGUCCCAGGACAACUUGAAGCUUGAUGAGUAUGACUGGGACAUUAAUGGAGAAGAGGUGAUCUGUGAUGAAGAGGACAAUUUCCUGGAAGAGCUGGAGAAUGACGGAGAGGAGACCGAGAGGGACUGGGAGAAAGAAAAGGCAAGAAUUGAAGCAUUUAACAGAUACUACAAGCCUGUCGAAGGAGAGGAAAACAAGGCGAGAAGCCACAAAGUGACAUUUUGUUUGGAGCCAGAAUCCUCUCAGUAUGAGGAGGAUAGUUACAGCAGUGAAGAGGAACCAAGCACAAAUGGUUGCAUCAGUGAGGUGCAUCCUCCAGAGUCCAGUUCAAUCAAACAAGACCAAAGCAACAAAGAAGACAGCCGUGAACCCUCAGAAGUUUCAGACAUCAGAGAAAAUAUCAGCACCUUUCUGAUGGAUGAGGACAACAUGAAGCUUGAUGAUUAUGACCGUGAUAUUAAUGAGGAAGAAGAGUUCUUUAAAAUGAACUCAAGUAAGGUGAUCUGUGAUGACGAUGAUGAUUUCUUGGAGAAGCUGAAAAUUGAAAUAGAGAGGGAUAUGGAGCAGGAACAAGCGAGAAUUGAAGCAUGUAACAGAUAUUAUGGAGAGUCUUUUAAAGAGGAGCAAGAUGAGGCAGUAACAGACGGGACCCACAAUGUUAUGUUAAGGUUUCACCAACAAUCUUCUCAAAACGAGGAAGAUAAUGAUAGCAGUGAACAGGAAUCAAACACAGAAGAUGACACUGCCAGCAUCCUGAAGACUGAGGACCAAAGUGAUUCUGAUGAACCAAAUGAGAGACGCUUGUACACAGGAAGGUACAAAGUCUUACCAAAGGGUUUACAAAAGGCAGACAAGAAGCUGAAGGAACACCCCAAAAGAAAUAAGUGUCUUGUCCUGCUGCAGUCAGUGUUAGCAGUGAGUCUAGUGACAGCGGUGGGUGUGCUGUCUUACUGGUGGGCCACAGACACCCUGGACUGGAUCUACUGAAUUCACAUGGAUCUUGGAUAUUCAAUAUGACUCAAAACCCAAAAUAAAUAUCAAGGCCUCUGCAAGUAUGAUAGAGAAACCACUGCACAAGGCCAUGCAAAAUCUCAUGAAACAGACAAACCAGCAGAUUGAGAUAAAACCAACUUUAUUUCCUUACAGAAUGCAACCUAUUAUUGUAAUGUUUGAACAGCGCUUUGAAAUACAGCUUUGAAAAAUGUUUGUCUUUUAACAUGGUUUUCCCUGUUUUCUUAUGUAAACCACAUCUACAUAGAUGAAUCUUCCUCCUUUUUAUUAGGAAAAGUGAUACAUUUGCAGAUGUACAUGGUCUCUGGGCCCUACAGGAAUCCUGUACAAACAAGUGCUUUCAGAGUAAAACUGACCUAAAAAAACAAAACAAAUAAAUACUUUUGAUACCUUU